ACCACUGUGCCACCGACGCACGCAGGUAGAGUAGUGCAUACUGUUUCAUUUUCUUCCUUUCAGGAGAAGAAAACAAAGGGCAGUGAGUUACGUUUGUCUGUUAGCGUACUGAGACUGAAACGUGUUCAUGUGCCCUAAGUUUGCCCCAAACAUUCUGCAAUUUGCCCAAUGUUUGCCCCAAAAAUUCUGCAAUGCGCCCGAAAAAAAUGCUAGCUGGGCAUUCCAAUCACAUUUUUGUAUCCAUCCUUCGCGGGAAGAGAUACGCUCCGUUUGACUGUAAUAAUUGGGAGUUACUAUUCACGAAUAUAAUUAAGCAUGGUGGACUGUGAACAACCUUCAUGUGAAGUCAUUUUCUAUGCUCUUUGUAUUUCAUUUCGUGAUAUCACGAAAUGCAGGAUUCCCGCUCAGUUGGAUCUCUGUUUUCUCUAACUUCCCUUCUUUUCAGCUCUAUUUUAGUGUCUUACACUAAUCACAUAUAUUUGUUAUGUUGCAUUUUAUUUUUACCUCCAUUUUCAGUUAAUUAGUUACUGUGUUGGACUUGAAAAUAAUUGAAAACGAUGUCUUCGUAAGUGGGUAAAGUUCCCUCAACAGGGUUAUCAUUUUCGCAGUUCCUAGAGUUUAUACAUUACAUUCCUGUCAUAUUUCCAUAGCGAUUGCUGUGUUUGUGUCAUGCUCCAGCCAAUUCGUAUCUAUAAGAUUUCGCUCUUUGGGCCAAACGAAAUGACGAUGUAUUUUGAGAUCGAACCCAUUGAACAUUGAAUGCUGUGAUUGUAGCAAUCUUUGGUCGCAAAGUUAGCCAGAAUCCUUCAAAUGAGUUUUGCUCCUGGUCAGACUGCGUGUAGAUUUUCGAAAGUACGACCGACUGUCCUCCUUUUAUACUACAACACAGUUUUGCGUGUUCGACUGACUAGAACUUCAUCUAGGUCAUGUGAAUUCUAGGGUGAUAGUAGUUGGUAGUACAAAAGUAAAAGUGCGUUUUAUUUUUAAGGAAGUAUAUAGAUUUGAAGGAUGUCUAUUCUUUCUUUAGUGGUUUUUCUGACUCUUGUGUAGUUAUUAAUGCAACUAAACGGAGAAAAUAGGUGACUUUUGUACCAAAUAUCUAUCUAAAUUACCCUGGCUAGCAAAAUUGUCAGACAGAAAACAUCCAAAACGAGCACACACUGAGAUGUGGAACGUAUUUGCAGUGUGCCCGUAGUCACUUUUAUUUGGGGCGGUUAAAAUACUCAAAGAUUAACAACGUAGUUAGAAAACACUCAGAAAAUAAAAGAAGCUCAGUCAACAUGUAAAAAAGUCAAUAUAAUACAGAGAAUGGUAACAAAUGUGCCUAGAUCAGAAACGGAAGUAUGCAUUCAUAUGUUGUCUAGUCGUCAUGGUUAUCGCAAACGUUAUAGACUGUCAUUCGCCAUCUGAACCGCGUUUUUCCUUACGUGUUUCUAGUAAAAACGCAGAUUGGAAUGAUGGAGCCAAGGACUUGUUGAUUGUCUUGUAAUAUCGUAUGUUUGUAGUAAUCUAUGUGAAAUGAAUCAACGCUUCUCUUUUUGCUUAAGCUGGGACAUUUUUCUGUGCGUCAUGUUGCGUUUUCAACCUUAUUUUGGUUUUGAUGGUUGGUGUACAAAAUCACGACUGAUGGACGCAUUUAAAUAAGCCAGAUUUGUGUCACCUUAGCUGAAGUCGUUGUCCGGAUGCACGUUUACGUGCAAUCUGCAUUGAUUCAAAAACUGGCGAAAUGAAAAGGGUCGUCAUAAGACCGUCCUGUAAACUAGCUCCACUGAAUUUAUGUGGCACGAACUUUUACAGCGUUCUAUAGAGCGCUAAAGACAGUAAUAUAGUUAUUGGGGAGCUUUGGCACCGUAUGUCUGCCAUAUUAUUGCUUGAGGGCAGCAAGCUAAUGUUUUGAAGCAUCUUGAGAUCACGUGUUUUGUUGAAACUAAAAGCAAUCAGCUUUCGGUUGUUACAAAAGAUGGACCAUCUAUCGUUUGGUAAAAAUGUGUAAAAUUAAUCAUCUGAAGUGGAUGUAUGCGUUUUCAGAGGAGCCGGCUUUUUUUCCAAGGCAUUUCACUCACUCGAUUCGAAUCCCGUUCGAUAUACUUCAGCUCUCGCAAGCUAGGUAAACCCUAACUGUGUGUGUAUGUGUGAAAAAAGUAAUUUUUUCGUCUGCAUUCUUGCUUCCUGGUUUCACGUGCAUCUUCACAUAAUCAAAUGCACGCUUUUGCUUUUUCGUUUCACCUUUCAGUUAGUAUAGGAUCGCUGUUUAAUUCUGUGCUUCAUAGGAGGAGUCUUACAUUUCGGAAUGGCACGUGUUCCCUCAUCGAACCACUUUAAAAAUUCAGAUGAAAAUAAUCGGCCAAUUAUUGCCAUACCGUCCACGCAAAAGGAUCUAAAGUUAUUCUCCGAUAGUUUUGCUGUCACUCCUCACAGCCAACUGGAGUCCACUGUCCGGUUGAUCAAUUCCGAAUUCGAAGCUAUGGGUUAUACAAAAAUUUUAAAAAUAGAGGCCGGACAAUUGGAAGUUAUCAUGAGCAACUUUGUUGAAGGGGUUUUAAGACUCAUUUCUUCUUAUAGAAACAGUCUUGAUAAUUGUAAGAAGACUGAGUUAAGCUUUCAAAGUGUGCAAUCGAAAUUAACACAUACACAGAGACUUUUUUACAGGUGCCAACAAGAACUGGAUAAGUCUAUACGAUUGAAUAUAUUAGCGAAAUUGGAACAAAAACAAAUGUUGCGUGAUAAGGAGUCACUUAGUUAUCUUCUAAAAAGAACAUCUGAUACACUUGAUAGAAUUCGUGUAGCUUUCUCAAAACAUCAAGCUCAAUGCUCAAAUCAAAAGCGGAGGUUAGAGAUACAACGUGAACGCCUACGCAAACGCUUAGUAGGCUGUCUGAAGGAAGCUUCAUUUGGAUAUAGAAGAGGAAGAAAAAAUCAUUCACCGACUAUUUCAACAGACUUAUCUACAUCUGAGAUACGUUCACGUGUUGAAGGUGAUAAAGUAUCCAAUGCUUAUCGAUCUAACACUAACCAAUUAAGUAUUCACGACAAUACUAGUCCACCUCGGUCCUGUCCUCCUAGUGUAGUUUCAAAAGCAUCAUUGACCAAACAGUUGAGUAGUGGAAGUCUGCCUCCAACAAAUGCUGCAGAUAAUGAAACUAGUCGAGAUGAUUUAUCUUCGACAGUAAUUCAACAGUUGGAAAGCCGUCUAAAGGAAUUAUGUCAUGAAAAUCGUGAACUUCGAGAUUUUGCCAGCCAACUGUCUUCACGAAUGUUUCAGUUCUCAGAUUUCCUGGAACACAAUUGUGACUUAUGCAUGCAGGAUAAUGCUAAUAUUUCAUUUGAUUGUCAGGAUGAACAUCACUCUCUUGGUGAAUCACAUGUUGCAGAACAUGACAUAUCUGAAGUACAAUCGUUCGAUGAGAAAAGGAAUUUAUUCAAGAAAAGUAUUGAUAAACAAUCCACUCCCGUUAUUGAUUUUUCAUUCGAAUUACCUUUUCGAGUAAUUCGUGAUGAUCUUAUUAAACGUGUUCAGUAUGCUUCAUGGGUGGUAUGGUCUAAAUUGAAGUGUUUGGCAAGAUGUCACACGAAUUCAGUAAAAGAAACACCUGGUUUUAAAUCACAGUUUUGCCAUACAGAUAAUUCACUAACAGUUGAAUGUGUUGACAGUGAUAAGGUUCAUGUAGAAGACGAUGAUGAAGUGAAUCAGUUGGGAAAUCAAUUAUCCCAGUUGAAAUCCUCAUUGGCUGAUUGUGAACAUCCUCAAAGCUGAAGGAUUCAAUUGUGUGAAGGUGCUCAUAGUGUAAGGCGAGCGUUUGCACAGUGUGUGUGUGUCCUUCUGGUGGUACCAUGAAGUCAAUUGGUUGCCUCACUAUUCUUCUUCUUCUCAUGACUCACCAAUUUCGCCAUAAUACUUUACCUCAUCUUUUUUUAUUUUAGUAACCUUAUUGUACAUCGGAAGAUAAAUGUCUAUAUGGAUUCUGUUGGUACUCACAUAUUUUUUCAAAUAGAAUCUUUUUAUAUGUG